GGGAAAAAGCAAGAGAGGGGAAAAGGAAGAGGAAGAGUGGGCAGCAAGGUUGAAGGAGGGGGGUGUGUACGUGAGCGUGUGAGCCAGGGUGUUGCUGGGUUUUUAAUACUCAAAGCUGCCAUGGACUCUUCUAGACUGAUCUUCUCUCUUCUGACAGAUAACUGCUGUCAUCAUCCGUGGCUCUAAAUGUCUUCUGCCAUGGCAAAGCGAGAGGCUGGGAACACCAGCCCUGUGGUGCGUCAGAUAGACAAGCAGUUUCUGGUCUGCAGCAUCUGUCUGGAUCACUACCGCAACCCUAAGGUCCUUCCCUGUCUGCACACCUUCUGUGAAAGUUGCCUCCAGAACUACAUUCCCCCAGAGUCCCUGACCCUCUCGUGCCCAGUGUGCCGGCAGACGUCCAUCCUGCCAGAGAAAGGCGUUUGUGCUCUACAGAACAACUUCUUCAUCACUAAUCUCAUGGAGGUCCUCCAACGAGACCCAGAGUGCUCGCGGCCGGAGGCCUGCAGCGUCCUGGAGUCAGUCAGCGCUGCUGUCGCAGGGAAGCCCCUCUGCUGCCCAAACCACGAGGGAAAGGUGAUGGAGUUCUACUGCGAGUCGUGUGAGACGGCCAUGUGUUUAGACUGCACAGAGGGCGAGCACAGGGAGCAUGUGACCGUUCCUCUGCGGGACGUUGUAGAACAGCACAAGGCUGCACUGAAGACACAGCUGGAUGCUAUUCACAGCAGGCUCCCUCAGCUAACAGCAGCCAUCGAGCUGGUGAGUGAGAUCUCUCGGCAGCUGAAUGAGAGGAAGACAGAGGCGGUGGCAGAGAUCACCUGUACAUUUGAGGAGCUGGAGCGGGCGCUGAAUCAGCGUAAGACGGCCCUCAUCACAGACCUGGAGAACAUCUGCAGUGCUAAGCAGAAGGUCUUGCAGGCCCAGCUCUCAUCUCUCCUGCAGGGGAAGGAACACAUCCAGAGCAGCUGCAGCUUUACAGAGCAAGCUCUCAGCCAUGGGAGUGCUACAGAGGUGCUGCUGGUUCAGAAGCAGAUGAGCGAACGAGUAACAGCGCUGGCCAGACACGACUUCCCAGAGAGGCCACACCAGAAUGCACACCUGGACUGUCAGGUGGAGACUGAAGGUCUGCGGCGCUCUAUCCAGAACCUGGGCGUUCUCCUCACUACAGCCGCGGUCGCACACACCUCUGUCGCCACAGGAGAGGGCCUCCGCCAUGCAGUCACUGGACAGCACCACACUAUUACUGUGACAACAAAGGAUAAAGAUGGGGAUUUAGUACGGACAGGAAACGCAGUUUUAAAAGCAGAGAUAACGUCUGUAGAUGGAAACCGUGCUGCAGAGACAGAGAUAACAGACAAUAAGAACGGGACAUAUGAAGUGGGCUACACGUUACGCUCGGAGGGAGAGUACUCCUUCUCUCUGUUGCUGUAUGGCCAGCCGAUACGCGGCAGCCCUUUCCGCCUGCGGGCAGUCAAACCCUCAGAUGUGCCGCAAUCUCCAGAUGAUGUGAAGAGGAGGGUAAAGUCUCCCAGUGGGACCGGCGGCCACAUACGGCAGAAAGCUGUGCGACGGCCUUCCAGUAUGUACAGCACCACAAAGAAAAAGGAAAACCCCAUAGAGGACGAGCUUAUCUACAGAAUGGGUACCCGGGGCAGAGAAAAGGGGGAGUUCACGAACCUGCAGGGAAUCUCAGCCACGAGUAAUGGCAGAGUGGUGGUGGCAGACAGCAACAAUCAGUGUAUACAAAUUUUCUCCAAUGAUGGCCAGUUUAAGAUGCGUUUUGGUGUCAGAGGACGUUCUCCAGGACAGUUGCAGAGACCAACAGGUGUCACUGUGGACAUGAACGGUGACAUUGUGGUGGCUGACUAUGACAAUCGAUGGGUCAGCAUUUUCUCCUCUGAUGGAAAGUUCAAGAAUAAGAUCGGUGCAGGCCGGCUCAUGGGUCCUAAGGGUGUGGCUGUGGAUAAGAAUGGACACAUCAUCAUUGUGGACAACAAAGCCUGCUGCGUCUUCAUCUUUCAAUCAAAUGGGAAGCUGGUGACCAAGUUUGGAGGCAGGGGGACGACUGAUAGACAGUUUGCAGAAAAACUUGGCCCAAACUAUAAUAAAUCUGGCUCAGUUUUCAGUCCGCACUUUGUUGCAGUGAACAACAAGAAUGAGAUUAUAGUAACAGAUUUCCACAAUCACUCUGUAAAGGUUUACAGUGCAGAUGGAGAGUUCUUGUUCAAGUUUGGCUCCCAUGGUGAAGGAAACGGACAGUUCAAUGCUCCUACUGGUGUGGCUGUGGAUGCUAAUGGAAACAUCAUCGUAGCUGACUGGGGUAACAGCAGAAUACAGGUGUUUGACAGCACAGGCUCCUUCUUAUCGUACAUCAACACCUCAGCAGACCCUCUGUAUGGCCCCCAGGGCCUCGCUCUCACUUCAGACGGACAUGUGGCUGUUGCCGACUCUGGCAACCAUUGCUUUAAGGUUUACAGAUAUCUCCAAUAAGCUGAGAAAAGACAUUUGCUGACACAUCACUCCUGUUUCUACAGGUUCAAAUCACACAUUGCUUGUGGACGUAGAGCUGCAACAUGCCUGCACAGUUUACAGUGAACCCUGGACCAUGAAUGCAUUCUUUUUCAUUUUGUCCAUACAUGAAUAAGGUUGAAUUUUAGUGAGAAAGGUUUCUUUCCAACUUAGACCACCUCAGUUCAGUAAUAUUUCAGUGGUGAUUUAGUGAUUGGUUCUCUUUGAGCUCCCUCUGAGAGACAAAAAGGUCAAGAUACUUUGCUCGUCAAAUGAGAGUUGAAAAGGAAGAUUUGAAGGAAUUAAAAGCCUGCUCUUACAUAUUAUUUAUCCAUGCAUGGUUUUCUAUAUUAAACUACAAACUUGAGUAUUUUUAACCAAAUCGGCAUCAGAAAAAUGAAGUAGAAAUCGUUCUCCAGGUAGUUUGGCUCUAUCACACAAGUUGGACCUCGCCACUAGAAAACCUGAAUUUGGCGUUACGUUAUGGUUUUAGGGGGCAACACAGAUGAGCAACUCUCUAAUGAGCUAGCAAACAAAGCACAGCAUGGAAGCAGUAGUCUUCCUCCCUGUUGUAAAGAUCCUGCUUUGUGAUUGAACAAUGCUCAGGCUGUUUCUUGAACACUGCUGCAUGUCAGUGUGCUCCCAAAGAUUGACCCUGUCAUUACUGCCUUUGAUUCCUCAUCAGUAAACACAGACAGGAAUGUGGCGUUUACAGAAAUGUUUCAUCAUAUUCUGCACCUUAUCACUUCAGCAAGACACCUGCACAUGGAAAAAGAUGUUUUCUUUGUGAUUUUUAGAUAACAUAGAUUAUAUGCAUUAAAAGCACAAUGGUAAAUUGAUUGAUGAGGUUUUUGAAGGCAUCGCAACCAGCUCCUCUCUGCUCGUCUUUCUGUUCUUUAAACCAAAACAGUCCCCCUCUAGUUCCUGCACUUUUGUGUAUCAUAUCUAAGACCUAUUGUAGUUGUAAAUAUACAUAUUUAGGUGUAUAUAUGGAUUCUGUGUCCAUGUUAUUUCACUAUAUAGCCUACUUAUCAAGGAUGUCGACACUGGAUUAUAUGCGAUUACAUUAGAAGGUCAUGCCAAGUAGUAGCCGAUGAAAAGACAUCAAUGGUUGCAUUAUUUGCUGUGUUUUAUUUUUUCAAAGGACUUAAUUUAUUUUUUAUUUUAUUUUCUACAUAAUUUGUUCUACAAAUUAUUUUUCUAAUUGGUGCAUUUUGCCAAACAUUGUUGUACAUAGGCCUUGUGACUUGUAGCACUGAAAGCUCGCCUCUUUCCCCAAAGCUCACAUCCAGUUAAAACUUCUUUCCUUCUGCCAAAAAAUAGAAAGAAAUCCGUAUGUUGUAGUUGAACAUUGCACAAAACACAAUUAUUAUAAGAGUUCUAUUGUUUGCAAGAGUAAUAUAUGCCUCUGUGUAUAGUUAUCAUUGGACAUAAUCAGAUUGUGUACUGUAUAUUACAAUCAUAUUCUUGUAGUAGCUGAAGAGCACCUUUAUCAUGAGGAUUUUUUGUAUUCAUUUUGUUGGUAGUUCAGUGUUUGGAGGGUUUUCCGUCUGGAGGGACACAACACCAGCUAACAUGCAGUGACACAAAAAGCUCGUCACCCGUGCUUUGUGAAUAAACAGUUUGUUCUUUAGCUAUA